CCAACAGGUUUGUGACGGGACGUUCCUGAGGCGCAAACAACACCGCCGCACUGGUCUCGGCAGUUUCAGGAAGUGGCAGCGUGAGUGAGAGCAGGUCGGUGCGUGAGGCCCCGUGAAGGGAAGGUCAGCGGACAGAUGGAGCAGACUGCGGCCGGACAGUGGUUUUCCCGGCUGGCUCUGCUGUCAGCGCUGUGGAUUCCCCUGCUGCAGGUUUCCCACUGCCGUGUCGUCUACAGACACGCUCCAGGAGCCCCCCUGCAGCUGGACCAGCGGGCGGCGGCGUCCUUCCUGUCCCGCUCGCUGCUCUAUAACAGCUGGGACUUCGAGCUGGUGGUGACCGACAACCUGGAGAGGGAGUGCAUUGAGGAGCUGUGCAGCUACGAGGAGGCCAGAGAGGUGUUCGAGGAUGACGUCGCCACGGACUUGUUCUGGACCGAGUACGUCAACAACCAAGAGUCUCCACCCUGGGUGGAUGUGUCUGGGCUGGUGGCCGGGAUCCUGGCCAUACUGGUGUGUGCCGUCAUCGCCACCGUGUUGGGAAUCUACUGCUACAAGUCCAAGAACAAGGACAGACGGAGGGCCGGCCGCGUCCCGGUCAGGAUGGCGGCGGACGGACGUCCCGCUCCGGAAGUGGUUCCCCUGUCCGGCAUCAUCGCUCCUCCCCUGCCGAGCUACAGCGAGGCUCUGAACCGCAGUGGCCAGCACGACGCUCCUCCACCGCCGUACUCAGGGGGGGCGCCCUCGGAGCCUGCGGAUCCACAGGACCAUGCAGGAGAUGAAGAAUGAGGAGGACGGAUGGAGGCACCGUGGUGGCGACUGGAGCCAAGUCGAGGAUUUGAGCUGUUUGUGAUAUUUAUGAGUCCAGGAUGGAGUCUGACUCGCUGACCUGGAGGAUCUGAGGAAAUGCUCCGACCUUCCGUCUGUCUGGAAUAGAGUGGGUGCAGCUGAAGGGAGGGGAGGGGGGAGGGGGGGGGGGUAUCCUGGGUUUCUACUGUAGAUAAAACUGUGUGAUGUUGAGAAAAGAAUUUUUUUUAAAAAAUAAUACCAUUGCCAAUAUUUGUUCUUUGACACCAAGACAUGUUUUAUGUAAUAAAUUACAUAACAGUU